AUGGAACUGAAGACGCCGAUGCAGAAUUUCCUGAGCGGCCUCUCGUGGGCCGCGGGCUUCAUGCUCUCCCUGGCGGCCAUGCAGACAGGGGCGCUUUCAGUGGUCCAGAAGUCCUGUGACUACGAGGCACAGACAGUCCGGGAGGAUAGCAGUGAAGAGGCAGUUGUGUGGCUCGUGGCGGCCUCCCCUACUGCCCUCGCGCUGGCGGCCACAGUGCGGCUCAUGCAACUCCUGGCCAAGAAGCAGCUGUGCCACGCGAGCUUAGGUUUGGGCUUCGUGGCGGUGGACCAGCCGCAGGACGCCAGCGACUUCUUCCUCGUUGCCGCCUUGUUAGCCUACUUCCUCCUCAUUGUCUGCACGGCGAGCAUCGAUAUCACUACGCUGCUGGUGGUGCUGACGGUGCUUAGGGCCGUGGUCCGAUUGCUGACGGGCUCCUACGCCGGCUUCCUCAUCUUGCCAUGCUUCGUCGCCUUACUAGCUUUGUCCUGGUGCUUGUCGGCAACGCACAUGACUCGCUAUGCCUGUUCCACGGGAGAACUCGCCGACCUCAGCCUCGUCAGCUCUAUGCACUCUCUGACCUACGUCCCAUGGCAGUUCCGCUACGAGGUCACCACGGACGUUGCCUUCCAACAGCUGGCGAUGGUGGCCUGGGUCCGGCCUUCCGCAACCCGUCUCAUGUCUUUCGGCCAGCCGGAGCCGACGUCCGGCUCGGCCGAUCCGCGCAAACUCCUCCCCAUCCAGGAGAACCAGAGCUCAGCUGUGGAGGAGAUCCAGCUGGUGGGCCGGCAGGUGCCGCGCGUGGCGACUGUGUGGGUCCGGGGCCUUCGUCCGUCUCGACCUGAGACCGAGUACCAGGUCCGCUUUUCGCCUGCCGAAACCAUUCCGACCGUCCUGCGGCUCCGUGCCGGGAGCUUUACCAGGGCCGUCGCUUGGUCGGCGCUAUUCGGGUCGGUCACUAGCAUACCCGCAGGUGAAGAGGCCCUGCAGUUGGAGGUCGGCUUGGCGGAGUUCACCGUGGGCCUUCCACGGGCGGCCUCAGCGCACAAACCCAAUCCCAACUCGAGUGCUGAGCUUUGGACAUCCUACGAACCCCACCGCGGUGCAACCGACACACUUUGCGCAGAGCUCUGUGCAAACAGCUUGCGUUGCUUCCACUCUUAUGCGGCAGCUGCCGGCUGCUACCUGGUUCUGGGCGACCGCGAAAGUUGGGAGGUCAGCGACCUCGAGCCAGGCACGGAGCCGGAGCGACCCUCAGGCUACGACAAGCGCUUGCUUGGCCAGUUGGAUGGCUGCAGGCUCGACGGAAAGACGGACAAGGGCACGGUAGCAACUGCGCGCUGUGGACAGGUGAAGACGGAGGGAGGGCGGCUCAACUUCAGCGAGGUUCAACCAGACUGGGGCAACGGCGCAGCCACCCUCAGCUUCAACCUGAAUGUCCAGAUCGGUGGGCUGCACUUCGACUCCCACGUCACCCCGAUCUCCUUGCGGCAGGGGCCUGCCCAAGUCACUGACGUGCUGGCUGUCCUUCUCGGCGUGAAGGGCAAUGUCACGAGC